AUGAUAAGAGGAAAUGAAGGAUUCAUGAAUAGUGGAGAUGUGGUCACAGAGGGUUUUGUCAAGGCUAUCUUUGUAGGAGGUGACAUGAGAGGGUUGGAAGGAGGUUUUCAGUGUGUUGCUAAGGGGUGGGGGAGAGGGUGCAAAGGGUGGCUGAGGGGGGGGGGGGUUUGGGGGGGUGGCGGCAUGUCUUCAAUCAACUGCAGAGACUGUGGGGAUGGUGGCUGGGGCGGUGGCUGCAAGGGUGGUGGCUGCGUGAGUGGUUGCGGUAGCUCCAUGGAGACCGGAGCUACCAGUGCGGUGGAGGGACCUUCAGUUGUAGCCAGUACGAACGAAGAGUUUGAUGCGGGCGAAUUGCUGUUUCGCCACCCCUAUUCACAAAGGCCAAUUAAAGCCCCAAACAUUUUCGCUGCCAGUAGUGAGGCCUCAGCAACAGCCAUGGAAUGGGCAAUGUCAGAAAUGAUUAGAAAGCCACAAAUAAUGAAAAGGGAACAAGAUGAGGUGAGAAGUUUGUUUGAUGGCCAAGGAAAUGUUGAUGAAUCACGCCUUCAUGAGCUCAAAUACUUGGAUGCAAUCAUUAAGGAGAUUUUGAGAUUACAUCCAAGCGCUCCACUCUUAGUGCCAAGAGAAUGUGGUGAACAAUGUGAAAUCAAUGGUUAUCAGAUACCAGCCAAGGCAAGACUUUUCGUUAAUGCACGGGCAAUUGGCAGAGAUCCCAAAUACUGGAGUGAAGCUGAGAAAUUCAAUCCUUCACGAUUUCUUGAUUCUAGAAUUGAUUUCCAAGGGGAUGAUUUUGAAUACAUCCCAUUUGGUGCUGGAAGAAGGAUUUGUCCAGGCAUAGCAUUUUCUCAACCAGUUAUUCAGCUAGCUCUUGCACAAUUAUUGUUCCAUUUUGAUUGGAAGCUCCCUGGUGAAAUGAAACAAGAAGAAUUAGACAUGACUGCAAAAUUUGGCAUUACAAUGAGGCGGAAAAAUGAUCUGCUCUUGAUUCCAAUUCCUUACAGUCGUUCCUGCUUGAUCAUGGAUAAUAGUACUCCAUAG